UAACAGCCGACACUCUUGACGCAGCCAGCUAAAGUUCAGAAUGGACCCGACCGGAGGGGAACCCGUUAGUUUGUCGAGGAGAAACCGCUGACCGUCCAUGUCUUGUCCACAGGCAGCAACCCGCUGACAAACUUAUUGGCAGCAAUGUCGAGAGAAAAUACCACUCGAAGUUUGGACAGCAUAGACCUCGCUGCUUUGAGAGACCCAGCAGGAAUCUUUGAGUUGGUGGAGGUAGUUGGCAAUGGAACCUACGGUCAGGUGUACAAGGGUCGUCAUGUCAAGACAGGCCAACUGGCAGCUAUCAAAGUCAUGGAAGUUACAGAGGAGGAAGAAGAGGAGAUCAAACUGGAGAUCAACAUGUUGAAGAGCUAUUCCCACCAUAGAAACAUUGCUACCUAUUAUGGGGCUUUUAUUAAGAAAGGUCCUGCUGGACAGGACCACCAACUCUGGUUGGUGAUGGAGUACUGUGGAGCCGGCUCUGUGACCGACUUGGUCAAGAAGACCAAGGGGAACUGUCUGAAGGAGGACUGGAUAGCUUACAUCUGCAGAGAGGUGCUCAGGGGUCUUUCCCAUCUUCACUCCCAUCAUGUGAUUCACAGAGACAUUAAAGGACAAAAUGUUUUGCUCACAGAGAAUGCUGAAGUCAAACUGGUUGACUUUGGAGUGUCAGCACAGCUGGAUAAGACGAUUGGUCGAAGGAACACCUUCAUCGGCACUCCCUAUUGGAUGGCUCCAGAGGUCAUCGCCUGUGACGAGAACCCCGAGGCCACAUAUGACUACAGGAGUGACCUCUGGUCUUUGGGCAUCACUGCUCUAGAGAUGGCUGAAGGAGCCCCUCCUCUGUGUGACAUGCACCCCAUGAGAGCCCUGUUUUUGAUUCCGCGAAACCCUCCACCCAAACUUAAAUCAAAGAAAUGGUCAAAGCGUUUCCUCUCGUUCGUCGACCGUUGUCUGGUCAAGAAUCACCUGCAUCGGCCAGCCACGGACGCCCUGCUGAGACACGCUUUCAUCAAAGAUCUGGCUAACGAGAGACAAGUUCGCAUCAUGCUUAAAGAUCACCUAGAUAGAACCAGGAAGAAGAGAGAAAAAGAGGGUCCAGAGUAUGAAUACAGCGGCAGUGAAGAAGACGAGGAUGAGGUGACAGAGGAGGAAGGAGAACCAAGCUCCAUCGUGAAUGUUCCUGGCGAGUGGACGUUGAGACGGGAGUUUCUACGUUUACAGACUGAAGAUCACGAAGGGGGCAGGGAGGGCGGCCACGCAGGAAGUGGGGCUCAACAACGACAACAGGCAUUACAGCUGCACCGGCAGCAGUUGGCAGAGCAGGAACGAUACAAGCAGCAGCUACUGGCUGACAGACAGAAGAGGAUCCAACAGCAACAUGAGCAGCGGCAGAAGUUAGAAGACCAACAGAGACGGCAGCUGACAGACUGCGCCUUUCAGUGGGCAGAGCUUCAAGAGAUCUUGCUUGGGGAGGAGUCUGAUCUCCAUGACAACAGAGUUUUUGUGGAUGAGAGAAACAGGAGGACUGAGAGGAAACAGCAGGAGCAUACAGGCAGACAGCAGCGUGCUGAUGUGUCAGUAAGGCCUCUGGACUCGUCUGCAGAGCAGAGAGCCGUGGCUCCAAAUCAGCUGCUUCAGCACAAGGCCCUGUUCUCCCAGCCCCAGCUACAGCCACAAGCCAAGCCCCAGCCUCUGGCUCAGCAUCAGCAACCCUCAGCGGGCAGGAGAUCCCACCGCACCCUGCCCAAGGACCAAACCCAGCUCCUGUCGCUGCAGCACGACCACAGGCACAGGGAGAGGGAAAGGCAGAGGCAGAGAGAGAAGUCUGUGGCAGCCGUCCAGAAGCUAACAGCUAAUAGUGGGAACACAGCUGCUGCUGCUGCUGCUGCUGUUGCUGUUGCUGCUUCCUCACCCAGCCGCCCUGCAAACAGCCAGCGCUCAGCGAUGGACAUCCAGGAAUCAAACCUGGCCAGGCUGCUUCUGGCUGCUGGUCUGCCUAGCCAGGUGCACUCUAGGCUGGGCUCUGGGAGCAGCUCCAGUCCUUGUACUCCAGCCAUGCAGAGAGCUCACCUCAGCCAGAAUGCCAAUCUGCGCUCCAGUCGAGAUGCCCCUCACAGCAGCUCUAUGUCAGACAUGGCCCUCUCCCCCUUGUCUCCGUUUAGCCCCCUGACCCCAACUGAUGAUGUCUUCUGGGACUGCCUCGAGGCACCACCAAAAGUCCCAGAGCGCACCACCUCAAAGUUCUACUGUCGAGAGCUGGUGAUGGGACACAAGAGGGCUGCUUCAAGUGGCAGUCCAGUAUCUGUAGCAGAUAAGGGCGGACGGUCCGUGUCUCAUGGAGUAUCCCAAACCAGCAGCAACCAUGCAGGUUUCUUCAAGCUGGAGAGUCCUCUUCUACAGCAGCGUCUGCAGCAGCACAGGAAGACACAAGAAAACGUAACCAGUGGACACACACAAGGCGUACGAUCAGGUCGGCUCAACAAGGCCACAGAAUACUCCUCCUCCAGUGACGAGGUUGGCAGCAGUGAUGAUGAAGAGAGGAACAGGUCUGGCCUGUCUAAUGGAAAGGGGAAAUACUACAGAGGAAUACCUGAUGGCAUCGUGCUGCAGCCUCACCACAAUCUUAACCAGAUUUCCCGGAUGGGUUCAGAUGAUACCUACCUGCUUCCAGACCUUCUGCAGAAAACCUCCUCUUCCAGUCCUACCGAUAAUGCACUUGGUCAGCAGCAGCGAUCACAUGAACUCAGUUACUCGCAGUUGCCCACAAGCCCUCGAUCCCCGACACACCAGGAACUAAAUGCUGUCGGCAGUCCUAUUGGCAAAAACACCUCCACAUCUUCCUCUUCCUCCUUCCUGUCCUUCAUCGAUCCAAGAUUGAUCCCCAUGUCAUCACCACCACAGAGCCCCACGGGCAAUAAGUGCGAUCAGAUCAAGAGAGAGAACCAUAGGAAGGGCUCAGUUGUGAAUGUGAACCCAACCAACAUUCGGCCACAGAGUGACACUCCAGAAAUCCGCAAGUACAAGAAGAAAUUCAACACUGAGGUUCUCUGUGCUGGACUUUGGGGUGUGAAUCUGUUGGUGGGGACAGAGAACGGCCUGUGGCUGCUGGAUCGAAGUGGUCAAGGGAAGGUCUACUCUCUCAUCAGCAGGCGAAGGUUUCAACAGAUGGAUGUGUUGGAGGGACUCAAUGUCCUGAUCACUAUAUCAGGUAAAAAGAACAAGCUCCGACUCUACUACCUGUCCUGGUUAAGGAAUAAAAUCCUGCACAACGACCCAGAGGUGGAGAAGAGACAGGGUUGGACCUCAGUAGGUGACCUGGAGGGUUGUGUGCACUAUAAAGUUGUGCGUUACGAGAAGAUCAAGUUCUUAGUGAUUGCUUUGAAGAAUGCAGUGGAGGUUUAUGCCUGGGCACCAAAACCAUACCACAAAUUCAUGGCCUUCAAGUCAUUUAGGUCUCUGCCUCAAAAGCCAAUGUCCGUUGACCUGACAGUGGAAGAAGGUCAGAGGUUAAAGGUCAUCUACGGCUCCUUGUCUGGGUUCCAUGCCAUUGAUGUCGACUCUGGAACACCUUACGACCUCUACCUGCCUACACAUAUCCAAGGUUCCAUUCAUCCCCAUGCUAUCAUCAUUCUGCCAAACAGCGCUGGAACAGAGGUGCUGGUUUGCUAUGAAGACGAAGGCGUCUACAUUGACACCUACGGCCGCAUCACCAAGGAUACGGUGCUACAAUGGGGGGAGAUGCCGGCAUCGGUCGCUUACCUUCAGUCUAACCAGGUGAUGGGUUGGGGAGAAAAGGCCAUAGAGCUGAGGUCGGCCAACACAGGGAACCUGGAGGGAGUUUUCAUGCACAAAAAAGCACAGAAACUCAAGUUCCUGUGUGAAAGGAAUGACAAGGUCUUCUUUGCCUCAGUACAGUCAGGAGGCAGCAGUCAGAUCUACUUCAUGACUCUCGGACAGAAUUCGCUGUUCAACUGGUAACAACUGGAAUUGUUCCUCCUGGAUCAACUGGUGGUGUUUGCCUGGUGAUAACUGUUUAUUUCUGUGCCGACUGAUGUUCAUCUCCAUGGAUACUGGACACCAUACAAAGAUAGACUAGUUGUUCCUGGAUGCAUCACUCCGUUUUGUCCUGUUUCUGUGUAAAUGCACAUGGAUUCACAGUCGAUUGGUCAUAACUGCAGCCGCAGCCAAAAUGCUUGAAUACAUCACCUGCUUCCUUAGAGUACUGACGUCUGAAUCAUCCCUCCUUCAGCUGCAGCGACACAAAAAUUUCAGCUUUAAUUCGCUGCCACCUCACCAUCCAUGUAAGUGUUGACAAGGCACAACUAGCAGCGUCAGCAUCUGUGUUGUGACAAGCACACAGAGCUUUUUCUCAAAGUUACCUGGAGUGGUUCCCAGCAGGAUUCAGCCUGAAAGUCACUGCACCAGUGUGACAGAUAUCGAGGCUCCUUUUGUGUCCUGUUCUAUUCAGAUCUACCUGGAAGGAAAACUGACAUGGCACGGGGAUCCCUAAUGAACACCAGAUAAUCGAUCAACAUCUGGCCUCAGCAUCCUGUUCCUCCUCUCAUCCGUCAUCACUGGAGAACUACAGCAGUCUAUUCAGUUUGUUCAUGGACCACUUCUCCCUUCUUUUCUCUCAUUAAAGGACCCAGUUCCAUCAGUUACUCAGCUAAUUACAUGCAUAUAAGUCAUAGAUUUAUAUUUAAUUUAGCGAUGAUAGGAAUUUGGAUGAGGAGUUUGAACUGCUUAAUUUCCAUCCACCAAAGUCAAGUCUUGAUAAGUAUUCUCAGAAUACAGACUAGGGGAGUAAUGCUUUCUCCUACAAGAAGCCCUUCCGCUGCGUGGACAUCACCUGGGCAUUUCUAAUACUGGGUUGGGGAGGAUAACUCCUUUCUGUCAUUCCACAUUUUGCUGCUUUUUCUGUACAAUGUGUUCCUUAUGAUUUUCUUUCAUCAACUUCCAGAUCCACAAACCAUCUGUGUUGUGUGUCCAAUACCUCAGCAGUGUUAUUAAUGAAGGAGUGCUGUUUAGUUUUCUUUGUCACUGCUACUGACGGAUAUCAGGGCCCAAGCAGACUAGUCAGUUACUGUAGGCUUAUUUUGUUGGAUUUUCACAUAGCAUUAAUAGGCAGCAUUAUAUCAGAUGUUAUAUUAACGAAGAAGAAGUUCUUUCUUGACAGUUUUGUAGGGUGACAGCAAGUCAUUGUAACACCCUACACAUCAUUGAUUCAGUUAUCAGUAUCAAAUUACUGCCUUGAAGACAUUAACUUUUAGGUUAACUUUUGCAGUCAGCUUUGCCUCCGCAUAAACUGAUUUCAAUCACCAAUUAAGCAGAACUGAUCCCUCAGGAUAGUUGCUGCAUUCCACAUGUUGCAUUAAAUGAGUUGAGUAGGUUUGAGUACACCACCAGUCCUCUGAGGUCCCAGUCUGAGCAAUCACUGCACCACAGAUCUGGACCUGUAAUUUAAGUCUUAUUAUUCCAUAAUAAGGAACGUAACACCAUUGAACUUGCAGUUGUAAUUUACAGAAAAGGUAGUAUAGUAUUGAUACAAAACAUCUCCAUGGCAACAGGCUGGGAAUGCCUUCCUGCAUCUGUUUUGUACAGCUUAGGAUGUAUAUAGUCUUGUAAGAUGCACUGUUUUCUAAAUAUUUUAUAAUUGACAAGCCAUCUUUGUGUUUGUGUACAGAAUGAAUGUGAAAUACCAUCCAAGAACAGAAUAGAGUUCAUACACCGUGUCUCCAGUGUUUGUGAACCUGAGCAGGAGCUACUGACAGUGAACUUGAACGAUCCUGUUCAGGUUUACUGACCUGGUUGAAGUGUUCAAGAUCAAAUUACGUCUCGCGUGAACUCUGCUUUGUUGUUGACUUUUCUACUAACGUGUACAAGUCAGGCGCUUUGCACAAUGGCCACCUUGUACAUGUUCUCUUUAAUUUGUCCUAUUUUUAAAUGACUUUUUACUUUUAAGUGAACACAUUUAAAGCCAUCCUGUAGUCAGUAUUGAAGUUAGAAUUGAGUAUUUCUUACACUACCCAACAUGGGUUGCACAUCUGUUUUAAAGGGUCACAUUGAGAUUCUGGACCUUUCCAGAUGCAGUGAGCUGGGCUGAAAGAAGUGAAAAUGCCCUGUUGUACAGUAUUUGUUCUAUUUCCUUGAUACUGUCAUUUACACAAUUAGCUUCAAAGCAGGAAACCAAAGAAAAAAGGCUUCGAUGUGUUGGCUUCUUUGAAUCUGACUGUGUAAAAUUAUUGACAAAUCACAACUUUUUCUUUUGAGAAGAUGAAGGGAAUCAUCUAUAUUUUUAAAACUGAAGGUAUAUUAUUAUAUUCUAGACCAACACAUUGGAUACAUGGAGGCCUGAAAAGUCUCUGAGGUAUGACGUGUCUUGGUAAAUCGCAAAACAAACAAAAUAUAUGCAAUUUAAUGUUGCUAGUGUUAGUGCUAGAUUUAAUAGCUUACAUGUAUGUAUGCUUUAGACAGUGUUAGGUUUGGUAAAAGUGAAGAAAUAAUUGGUCUUUACCUUCAAAUGUGAACUUGCAGUUCGUCUUAUUUCUGAUCCAUUUUCAUUACACCAAUUGUUCCUUUAUUUCAUCAGCUCAAACUGCUAACUUGGUUAUGUUUUGUGUUAUUCUCUAUAUAAUAUUUACUCUUGAAUGUUCAGGCUAUCGAAAUUUUGCGCCAAAUGUUUUAUACUCAGUGAUUCUUUGACUUUUAGUUUUUGUUUUAUGGACGUAUAAUAUGGAAAUAAUGCAGCUGGUUCUGUGAGAAUAUUUUAAACUGGAAAAUUGUCUCAUUGCUAAGUUUUUACCAAAUUUAUUAUAGUAUUUCUUUCAGUGGGAUAAUUUUCCCUGAGACACCAGACCAGAUAGCUAGUCGACGUGGCUACAGUGCAUAGAAAUACAGGAUUGUAAACUAACAGGAUAACUGACGCAGAUUUGCCAGCAAACGCAGGAAAAUAUUUCAAAACCAGGUGACCUAGCUUGCGAUAUAGUUUGGCGUUAACAUUGCUCGCUAACUUAUGGCUGUGGUAGUGAAGAGACUUGGCUAGCUACACUGAAAUGUGUCCCGUUUUUCUUUACAGUUUCAGCUAAAGAUAAACAAUAUGACCCGGCCAUAUUUCAUGUAUACAUACAUUCCGUAUUUUAAGAUGUGCAAUGGCAAGAGAAAACAACAUUGUUAGCUAGCUUACAGCUAAGGCAGUAGGACAGGCUUUGCUAGCUGCACUAAAAAUAUAAUACUCUCUCUCUCUGUACAUUUCCCAAAUAAUUUUUUUUUUCACAUAAAUACUUUGCACACUGUAUUUAACAUGUAAUUUUGGCUAAAAGAUAUAAAUUUAAAAAACACAUUGCUAGCUAGCUUACACUUUAGAUAGCAGAGAAGCUUAGCAAGCAGCACCAAAAUGUGUCACUUUUUCUCCUUGUACACCGUUGUUUAGCUGUGUACAGUUUCAAAACAAGAUAAAACUGUGACCCAACUGUAUUUUCCAUACUGUUUAAAAAUGUAACAUAUUUCCUGCACUGGACAUACAUUUAUUCCAAUGUACAGCUGACAUAACCUGCAAUAAUGUUUGAUCGAGAAGGAUUUGUAGCACAUAAAACAUAUUUUUAUUUCCAAAUCUUGACAUAAAUGCAGUCAGAUGUAGGCUUACUCUAUACAUGUGAAUGUAAUUUCUCGAAGCAGGAUUUUUGUCAUAUUUAGAAUCAGGCACUGUGCUAGAUUACAGACAGCUUUGGUCUGGUCUGGUCAGCUGUUAAAUCAAGGCCGGGACACAGCAGCUGGCAGGUUUGGCCAGGUUCCUGAACAAGACCCUGGUCAUCGGACAGGACAGGAAACCAGAUCAAAACUAGUCCUUAUUUACCACAGUGGUCCAGUAGUGUGUCCAGCCUGUUUGCUGCACUCCUUAACCAAUUAGUUAUUUCCUUAAUAAGCCUUUGGGCUGGUCUGUUUCAUUGAUUUUAUUAUUGAAAUGCUCUCAAUAUAAAAUCAGAAAUUGUAAUAAUGUCAUUACAGUUUGAUUUCAUGAAAGUAACAAGUUGUCAUCCUUUUUAGCGCAUUUUCCAUGUCGAACGUUUGACAUUUAAUACGUUUUUUCUGCAUCAAUCUUCAUCCUACUUGAAGCAGUAUAUACAGAUUAGUGCCAUCUGCAGUCCGUAGACACUGAGAACAUUUCUGUGGGUUAUUAAGAACAAACUUCUCUGUCUUCUCCUGCACUUUGUCUUACUCCUGUUCAACAUUUGACUGUAGCUGCACCACUAAUCAGAGAGAGAGAGAUCAGUGCAUAUCCACCCACUCCUUCCACUGGUUAAGAUGAUGAUAGAUUCUGUUUCAGACCUGCGCUGACUCACAUCUCCAACUCACCCACUGACUCUUCUCCUUCCUCUCACUUUGUCAACACUUCUCUCACCGCUGCCUUCCAUUCCCUCUGCUUCCUUUGCUCGACUCUCUUCCCGUCUACAUCCGACCAGCUCUCCUUUCUGAUGUCUUACUUCAUCUAUAGCUUCUCACUGUCUCUCUUUUCUCCCGAGUCGCCUCUGUCCACCCACAGCACCAUUAAAAUGUCCCUGCAGCCAAUUAGCCAAAAGUUGUUGUUUUUUUUUUCAUUAGACUGUCUUCCAGUGAGAAAGUCUUUACUGUUACAUAAAUGUAUUUAGUUACAUCAUCGGAUAUGUGAUAUGCAUAAUGGAAGUAAAAACAAGAAAAUCAAAUCCUUUUGCUAUUUUUUGCCAACUGAAGCCCAAUGCAGAGCAAUGCUAACACAGAGCAGCCCAGAUUUGUGUCAUUAGUUUGGAUAUAUUCUUUGGACAUCUAAGACUGUUAAACUUCUGGUGAACUGUUGCAACAAAUGGUAGUCACCUGAUGGUAAAUGCUUCAACAUGGCAUAACAGUAGCACAGGUAGAAAGAGAUAUAUAGUCAGCUGCUGAGCAAUAUCUAUCUGAGGUUUGCCAAUGUUCACUAACAUUCACCACUUUAGGGUCAGAACCAACGAAGGCUGAAUUGAUCAAGGGUGUGCAUGUUGCUUUUUAGUUCAACUUUGAACUUACAAGAGGAAUAAUGUGUUAAUUAUGUCUCAAAAGUGACAUAGUUUUGCUUUAAUCGCCAGCCUAAGUAUGAGAAAUGUCUGCGGUCUGUUGAUGAGCUAUAAGAAAGUUUGUGUGGGAGGGUGUGAUGUAGAUUUGGAAGGUGUCCAGAAAGCAGGAAUUCAGUCUGUAGGGGAAGAAAGGGUGGAGUUAGAGGAGGUAGCUGGUGGCUUGAGUCAAGUGUCAGGCAAUCGAAAGGGGACGCGGAUGUUGCUUUGAAACAAAUGCACAAUAAACUUUAAAGGUUAAGUUAAGGCAAAAAUAAAAAUUUCGCACCCAGGCAGAUGGAAAGUCUAAGAAAUGUUGUCGUCCACAAAACCUUUCUGGAGCUUCAGAGCAAAACAGAGUGGCAGCAUUCUCCUGAACAACUGAAGCAGAUGAGGCGUUCAGGUUUCCAGAAGCCCUGAGAUCCCAAAUGGAUUUGAAAAAACAUGGGCUUUACGGAGACAGUUUAAGUUUCUUUUUUUGUUGUUGUUGUAACACUGUUUUGCUGUGGUGCUCCAGAAAUGUUCUGUGGACAACAAUAUUUCCCAUCAGCCUGAGGGUAGGUAGAUAAUGGUUGAUUUAUUGAACAAGCUAAAAGAGUCAACGGGGCCGGAAUUUCAACAAAUGGUGCCAAGAAGCACAUGAAGACUGAUCGUUUUUCAACAUCAAUGGUUAUAAUGAGGAGAAAAAGGGCAGAGUACGAGAGAGAAUGACAAAGAGGGACAAUAACUGAAAUGAAAAAGCCUGUCUGGGUGGAUUUCUAUCUGGAUUUCUAUUCUUGUCCCUCAUUCAUUGACCGUAUUAAUCUCCCGUUAGCUCUCAUUCUAAAGAGAUGUUCUUGAUAUUCCCAAAAAGUUAAGAUUUAUGCAAUUACUGUCAGUAUAUAGAGGUUUUGAUGUUACUUCACAUGCAGGUAAGAUGUUUUAUAAGUUGUAAAUUCUACAGAGAAGUUAUAAUAAUAAUAAAUUACCAAAAUAUUAUAUAAAUAUAUAUUUUGAACAAUACAUAUUCCCUUUAAUCAUUUUCAUGUCUGAACCAUAUGAAGUUGAUCCUUUGUUGUGUUGUUGUUUUUUUUGCACUGGACCUCUGUUGGAUGCAUCAUACUGUACCCCUCCUGCUUUGAGACCAACACAAAACUAACUUGUGUUUACAUGUAAUGACAGUGAGACGACAAUAAACAUGAGGAAUUGA